AUGGUUUCGAUAUCUUCAAGGUCAAGUCUGCGCUUGAGAUCCUUGUGGUUCUCAAUCUUGACAUCGUCGCCCGGUGCCGACGAUUUGUCGCCAAUAAAUGCGCCUUCGUCGUCCAUCUUGUUCAAGACCGCGUCCACCACUUCCUCAAUUUUCUUGGACUGGCUAACAAGCCUGCAGAUAACAUUCUUUCCCCGUGGAUUCGGCAUCAUUGUGGCCAAACAAUAUUUUGUGUUUGUGUUGGAAUUAUUCACUUGGGCUGCAAAACGCACAUAUUCUUUCACCAUCAAUGGCCAUGGCAAGGGCCCAGACGCAUUAAAAAUAGUAGGAUUUACCUCGGCCUUAGACGCAAUCAUGCAGCCCACAUCAUCUCCGAACAUCUUUUGUAGAUCCCUGUAUUCUUGA